GGCUCAGAUGCAGUUAUACAGGCAGCAGGGAGGCAGGCUUGCUAGUGCCACUCACAGUGUUUGCAGAGAGACAGUGGAGGAUUCCACAACUGUUUUCUUCCCGUUUUUGUCACCUGGAGAGGAGAGGGGGCUGUUUCGUUGGACGGCUGGUCUCUUCUGUUAAUGAGGCUAGCGUUCUGAGAGGACCACUGAGUGAUCUAAGAGCUGUAGAUUUCUGCGUGUGCAAACAGUGAGAGGACAGCCAUGGCUCACGCUGCUGCUCACAUUAAGAAGGCCAGGUCUGAAAUGGACCAACCUCCGGAUCUGAAGGCUCUGGAGAAAGCCAGAGAGAGGAGAAGGCGCUCCCGGGAACGGGCUGAACGCAAGCGCAAGAAUGGUCUUAAUGCGUUGCACCUGGCAGCCAAAGAGGGGCACAUAGACCUGGUCCAGGAGUUGCUGGACAGGGGUGCGGCGGUGGACUCAGCCACAAAGAAAGGAAACACUGCGCUCCACAUAUCCUCUCUGGCUGGCCAGGCUGACGUGGUGAAGAUCCUGAGCAAACGUGGUGCUGAUAUCAACGCACAGUCUCAGAAUGGAUUCACUCCUUUGUACAUGGCUGCCCAAGAAAAUCACCUGGAUGUGGUGAGGUACCUGCUUGAGAAUGGAGGCAACCAGAGCAUUGCUACAGAGGAUGGCUUCACCCCUUUGGCCAUCGCGCUCCAGCAGGGCCACAACCAGGUUGUGUCUGUCUUAUUAGAAAAUGAUACCAAAGGCAAGGUGCGCCUGCCUGCCUUGCACAUCGCAGCUCGUAAAGACGACACCAAAUCAGCAGCCCUGCUCCUCCAGAACGACCACAACGCCGACGUCCAGUCGAAGAUGAUGGUCAAUAGGACUACUGAGAAUGGAAAGAGUGGAUUCACCCCCCUGCACAUUGCUGCCCACUAUGGGAACGUGAAUGUGGCCACGCUCCUGCUGAACCGAGGGGCAGCAGUUGACUUCACAGCGAGGAAUGGGAUCACUCCACUGCAUGUGGCCUCUAAGCGUGGCAACACAAACAUGGUUCGCCUGUUGUUAGACCGUGGCUCUCAGAUUGAUGCUAAAACGAGGGACGGCCUGACUCCGCUUCACUGUGCUGCUCGGAGCGGACACGACACGGCUGUAGAGCUGCUGCUGGAGAGAGGAGCACCUUUACUGGCCAGGACCAAGAACGGGCUGUCCCCUCUGCACAUGGCAGCACAAGGUGACCACAUUGAAUGCGUCAAACACCUUCUACAGCACAAGGCUCCUGUUGAUGACGUCACGUUGGACUACCUGACAGCGCUGCAUGUGGCGGCUCACUGCGGUCACUACAGAGUCACCAAACUGCUGCUGGACAAACGGGCCAACCCUAACGCCAGGGCACUGAAUGGCUUCACGCCGCUGCACAUCGCCUGUAAGAAGAACCGCGUGAAGGUGAUGGAGCUGCUGGUUAAAUAUGGAGCUUCCAUCCAGGCCAUUACAGAGUCGGGUCUGACGCCCAUCCACGUAGCAGCCUUCAUGGGUCACCUGAACAUCGUCCUGCUCCUGCUGCAGAACGGGGCCUCGGCUGACGUCAGCAAUAUUCGUGGAGAAACGGCCUUACACAUGGCAGCCCGGGCAGGUCAGGUGGAGGUUGUCAGAUGUCUCCUGAGGAAUGGAGCAAUGGUAGAUGCUCGGGCACGUGAGGAGCAGACGCCCCUUCACAUUGCAUCCCGCCUGGGGAAAACUGAGAUUGUGCAGCUGCUGUUGCAGCACAUGGCCCAUCCUGAUGCUGCCACAACCAAUGGCUACACCCCCCUCCACAUUUCUGCCAGGGAGGGGCAGGUGGAGACUGCCUCGGUGCUGCUAGAGGCAGGGGCUUCACACUCACUAGCCACCAAGAAAGGUUUUACUCCGCUGCAUGUGGCCGCAAAGUAUGGAAGCCUGGAUGUAGCCAAACUUCUGCUACAGCGUCGCGCCCCUCCUGACUCUGCUGGGAAGAAUGGCCUCACCUCGCUCCACGUUGCAGCACAUUAUGAUAACCAGAAUGUGGCGCUCCUGCUGUUGGACAAAGGAGCGUCACCACACACAAUGGCAAAGAACGGCUACACUCCUCUGCAUAUUGCGGCUAAAAAGAACCAGAUGGAGAUCGCCACAGUGCUGCUGCGUUACGGAGCAGAGACUAACAUCCUGACCAAGCAGGGGGUCACUCCACUCCAUCUGGCCUCCCAGGAGGGUCAUGCGGACAUGGCCGCUCUGCUAAUAACCAAAGGAGCUCAAAUCAACGUUCCCACCAAGAGCGGCCUGACUGCCCUUCAUUUGGCAGCUCAGGAGGACAAAGUGGCCGUUGCUGAGAUUUUGGCCAGAAACGGUGCCAACCUGGACCAGCAGACCAAGUUGGGCUACACACCGCUGAUUGUAGCAUGUCACUAUGGAAACGCAAAAAUGGUCAACUUCCUCCUUCAGAAUGGCGCAAGUGUCAAUGCCAAGACUAAGAACGGAUACACUCCCCUGCAUCAGGCAGCGCAGCAAGGAAACACACACAUCAUUAAUGUGCUGCUGCAGUACGGUGCCAAACCCAACGCUACCACUGUGAAUGGCAACACAGCUCUGGGGAUUGCUCGCAGGCUGGGUUAUAUUUCUGUGGUGGACACACUGAGGGUUGUGACUGAAGAGAUAAUCACCACCACCACGACGGUGACGGAGAAACACAAGCUGAAUGUGCCAGAGACCAUGACUGAAGUACUCGAUGUGUCAGAUGAAGAGGCGUGGGAAACCACUGAUGAUGAUGUCAUGUCAGACGACUCCAUGGAUGAGGAAGGUGACGACACGAUGACAGGCGACGGAGGGGAGUAUCUGAGGCCUGAGGAUCUGCGGGAGCUGGGAGAUGACUCCCUGCCAGGACAGUACCUGGAUGGGAUGAACUACCUGCGCUUCAGCCUGGAGGGAGGACGAACGGACAGUUCAGACAGGUCCUUCACGCCCACUCACCACAGCUACUACUCUUCUAAACAUGAAGGCAUGAUGGAGGAGAUGCUCACCAGUCACCAGGUUUCAUCCCUUGCCAGGGAGACUGAGAGGGAUUCGUACCGGUUGAGCUGGGGCACAGAGAACCUGGACAACGUGGCUUUGUCCUCCAGCCCUGUCCAUUCAGGCCACUCCUCUCCGUGCCAUGAUCAUGGAGACCACAGCAGCUUCCUGGUCAGCUUCAUGGUAGACGCCAGGGGCGGAGCCAUGCGCGGCUGUCGACACAACGGCCUCCGCAUCAUCAUCCCGCCGAGGAAGUGCAGCGCCCCGACGAGAGUGACGUGCCGACUGGUGAAGAGGCACCGUCUGGCCACCAUGCCCCCGAUGGUUGAGGGGGAGGGUCUGGCCAGCAGGCUCAUCGAGGUGGGACCCUCUGGAGCCCAGUUCCUUGGUAAACUCCACCUCCCCAGUGCCCCCCCACCUCUAAAUGAGGGAGAGAGUUUGGUUACCCGAAUCCUCCAGCUUGGUCCACCGGGGACCAGAUUUCUUGGUCCUGUCAUUGUGGAGAUCCCUCACUUCGCUGCCCUCCGAGGGAAGGAGCGCGAGCUGGUGAUUCUGAGGAGCGAAACAGGAGAGAGCUGGAAGGAGCAUCACUGUGAACACACUCAAGAGGAGCUCAACCAGAUACUCAACGGCAUGGACGAGGAACUGGAAACUCCCGAAGAGCUGGAGAGGAAACGCAUUUGCCGUAUCAUCACUAGAGAUUUCCCACAAUACUUUGCUGUGGUGUCACGCAUCAAGCAAGACAGCAAUCUGAUCGGUCCUGAAGGAGGCAUCCUCAGCAGCACCGUUGUACCACAAGUUCAGGCAGUUUUUCCUGAGGGGGCGCUGACCAAGAGGAUCAGGGUUGGACUGCAGGCCCAGCCAGUGAGCAUAGAUGUCGUGAGGAAGCUCCUGGGGAACAAGGCCAGCUUCAGUCCCAUUGUCACUCUGGAGCCGCGCAGGAGGAAAUUUCAUAAACCCAUCACCAUGACAAUCCCUGUCCCCAAGAGCAACUCCGACCCCGUCCUCAACGGCUUUGGAGGGGACACACCCACCCUACGAUUGCUUUGUAGCAUCACGGGUGGAACAACGCCAGCCCAGUGGGAGGAUAUAACAGGAACUACUCCGUUAACUUUUAUUAAUGACUGCGUGUCCUUUACCACCAACGUGUCUGCCAGGUUCUGGCUCAUAGACUGUCGGCAAGUCCAGGAAUCGGUCAACUUCUCCACUCAGGUGUAUCGGGAAAUCAUCUGUGUCCCUUACAUGGCCAAGUUCGUCAUCUUCGCCAAGACCCACGACCCGAUUGAGGCCCGAUUGCGCUGCUUUUGCAUGACUGAUGACAAGAUUGAUAAAACACUGGAACAGCAGGAGAACUUCGCCGAGGUGGCGCGCAGCCGAGAUGUAGAGGUCCUGGAAGGCAAACCUAUCUAUGCAGACUGCUUUGGUAACCUUGUUCCCCUCACGAAAAGCGGCCAACAUCACCUCUUCAGCUUUUACGCCUUUAAGGAGAACCGGUUAGCACUCUUCAUCAAAAUCAGAGACAACACUCAGGAGCCGUGUGGCCGCUUGUCAUUUAUGAAAGAACCCAGGAACUACAGGUCACUUGCACAAAAUGCUAUAUGCAAUCUCAACAUCACACUUCCAUCAUACUGCAAGGCCGAUAACCUGCCAGACAUCCCCCUGCAGACCCUGACAGAAGAGAAGUACAUCGAUGAAGAUGGCAACAUGGUGGUCAAGAAAGUCACGCGGAAGGUCAUUCGUAAAUAUGUGUCUCCAGACGGCAUGGAGACACAGGAAGUGACCAUCGAAGGCUCUCACCAGGAGUCGGUCCAGAUAGAGGAGGGAGAUGCUGUUUCAAAGGUGGUGAAGAGAACUGUGCUUCACAGUGGAGGCGAUCAGAAGGAGCUGACCUUUUCAGAGUCCUCAGCUCUGAGCGCUGCCACAGCGUCAAAGUUUGAAGUGGAGCCAGUGCAGGGCAGAAAGGUCAGCAAGGUUGUCAAGACAACUGUGGUGAGAGGCGAGAGGAUGGAGAAGCACACAGGAGACCCGUCGCUGGCUGCAGACCUGCCUUCAGCCAGAGAGGACUUUGAGAAGGCAAUGAGUUACGCUGGAGGAUUUGGAAAAGUGCUAAUGCCGCAUAUAGUAGAGAAAGAGAUUGUACAGGAUGACGGUUCUGUGGUUAAAAGAAGCCAGAUGCGUAAUUCACGCAGCCAGAAGAGGACCGUGGUGAGGGAUGCUCAGGGGAAGCAUGUGCACCUAGAGCGCCUGGACAACACCGCAGAUGCCCUGCAGCCUGAUGCGCUGCAGCAGCACCUGCACCGACUGCUCCAGCGCUACUGUGAGGACACCGAGGAUGAGGAGGAGGAUGAAAACCUUAGCUGAGCAGCUGCUUCCACUGAUCUACAUUUUCCACUGAAGCUUUUGGUGACGUACACUUCCUCAGAUCGAACCGCCCUCUGUCCCUGCUCAUCACUGGAGUUUUUCUUUCUUCUUCUUUGGUUUGUCAGAUAUUGGAACCGUAUUUUUGUGCUUUAACGAUAGAUGUUCGCUCUGAUUGUGACCAAAGAUAGCCACCCCUCACCGUCCUGAUGAUUUUUGUUCGUGUUUCGCUUCCUGUGGCUGCUUUGAUGUGAUGUAGGUACGAUGCACCAAAGGCGGAUUAGAAAGAAAAGGCGCGUCUCGGAUGUUUCGCCUCACGCACCGGCCUCUUCUUGAAGAACUCGUGUAAACAUUUGUACAUAGGGGAGUUGAUGACAAAAAGUCAAGCUGGGACUGGAAAGAAGCUGAAAUAAUUCAAAGCAUUUACCACGUUAGCCCACCUGAACCUGCUGUACAUGCACCAGCUGCAGAACGGCCACAGUACACAUGAGAUUAAUGCCAGAUAAAGUGUGAAUGUGUAUCAUCAGAAACUCAGCCGACAUCAACCCGCCCAUCUGUUCACAAAGGCUGUGUGCUCACACCUUUUGUCAUCUGCCCUUACUUUAUCCACGUGUCUGUCCUUCCCACGUGUGGAGCAUUGUUUCUAUCACCUGUGUGUGCCGUGUCUACGGAGAAAGAAAGUAGUGAUGAUGAAUGUUUCGGCGCAGCACUCAUGUCCUCGUGCUUCAUGUUGGUGCUUUUCCUUACCUGCAGCUACUCGUAGCGUUUUCACACCUCUUAAAGCGCAGCUUUGACUGUUACUGUCAACAAAUCUACAGGAAAACCCAACGCCAGCUCUGCUUUUGCUCCUCUGCUGCACACAGCUGUCAUUGGCCAUGCAUGCAGCAACAUUUCCUCCAGCCUGCAACACUGACUUUAAUAUAAAAUGAAGUGUUGAGUCUGUGAGAAAAUGGACAGUUUGCCUUUGAUUUAUUAGGAAAAAUGGCAUCACAGGCUUCAUGGUCUCAGUGUUCUUCAAGCUCGUUUAGCAAAUUAUGGACGGAAAAUAGACAUUGGAGCAAAAACCAUACGAGUUGGUAACAGUCGGAAGGAAGAACUAUCAACAGGAAGAGACCUCUGGUAGUGAUUAAAGAGACAAUGAACAGCCCACAGGCUCUAAUUAGAUCAACUGAUCGCUCCAACAGAAACCAGUGGGUCCUUUUAGAGUCUGGUUAUGGUCCCAGUAACACUCUGUUGGUUUUGGGCUUCUCGUCAGAUUUGUAGACACGUAACAGCAGACUUGUCCUUUAGUUUUGUUUUUCAACACAUAAAUAAUGUAGUCGUGGAUUUGCUUGUUUCCUGUCAUCACUGUUAUCACGUUUGACUUUAAAGCCACUUUAAACCCAGGCCGAGGCUUUUACCCGCUUCAUUUGUGACACCUGUGUUUCUUUAUUUAUUGCUGUGUGUGUGUGUGUGUGUGUGUGUGUGUGUGUGUGUGUGUGUGUGUGUGUGUGUG